AUGCUUCCCGGCUACGGUCCUGUGACGCAAGCCCUUCUUGGCACCAUUCUGACGUGGGGUCUGACUGCAGCGGGGGCUGGAUGUGUGUUUUUUAUCAGAGGAAAACAUAGGAAAUUAUUAGAUGUGUCGCUGGGUUUCGCCGCUGGAGUGAUGACGGCGGCUUCUUACUGGUCUCUAUUAGAGCCAGCUAUAGAGAUGUGUGUGGAAUCUGGUUUAUAUGGUGACAAAGGACAGUAUGCGUUCCUGCCGGUGGCCGUGGGUUUCUUGUUUGGUGCUGUGUUUGUAUUCGGAACAGACAGAUUUCUUGAUUACCUUGGACUCAACUCAACAAAUAUGAUGUUAUCUAUAACGAAGAGCAAGGAUUCUAAAGAGAAGGUUGAAGAUUUGGAGAUGAUGACGGCUCUGGCGAGGCGGAACUCUAAUCCCACGGUGGUGACGAUGGAGAACCAGCCGGCGGAGUUCGCUGACUGCAUCAGUAAUCAGCACACGGCACAGAGGAGACGGGGCCAUCAUAACUCACAGCAUUCAAUAAAAUCCGACAACGGAGAUGGUGAUAGGCGGGACAGUGUGGCUCGGGCUUUAGAAGCCCGUCAGUCGCAGUGGAAGAGGAUAAUGCUACUGGUUGUAGCUAUUACUGUACAUAAUAUACCCGAGGGUCUGGCUGUGGGGGUCGGCUUCGGAGCGGCCGCUUCAUCAGCUACAGCCAGCUUUCAUAGCGCCAGGAAUCUAGCGCUGGGGAUCGGCAUCCAGAACUUCCCAGAAGGUCUGGCCGUCAGUCUGCCGCUUCAUUCAGCAGGAUUCUCCGUGUGGAGAGCAUUCUGGUACGGCCAGUUGUCAGGUAUGGUGGAGCCAGUGUUCGGAGUCCUAGGCGCGGUUGCUGUUGCUGCAGCACAACCAGCGCUGCCCUAUGCGUUAGCAUUCGCAGCUGGCGCUAUGAUAUACGUGGUCGCUGAUGACAUCAUACCAGAGGCUAACGCAUCUGGCAACGGUAAGCUGGCUACAUGGGGCUGCAUCGUCGGCUUCGUGGUCAUGAUGAGUCUAGACGUGGGUUUGGGUUAA